AUGGUCAUUGUGCUGCGGAUACUUGAAUGCUGCCUUUGGGUUCUUGAGAAAUUUAUCAAAUUCCUCAACAAGAAUGCCUACAUCCAGGUGGCUUUGAUGGGCACAAACUUCUGCACUUCUGCAAAGAAUGCCUUCCAGCUCAUUCUGCGCAACAUGGUGCGUUUCGGCGUCGUGGCCAUCUUGGGGACCGUCAUACACUAUAUUGGCUGGACGGUCAUCACAGUGGGCACUGCUGCGGUGGGAUAUGUGAUCUUCCAGGCCUUUCAUCCAGAUGCGGAUAUUCUGAUGCCAAUGUUUACUUAUGUUGCAACAGGCUACAUGGUAGCACAUUUGUUCAUGAAUGUCUUUGGUCUUGGCGUGGACACUUCCCUACAGUGCUUCAUUGCUGCAGAGGAAAUGGGUGUGGCUCAGGAAUAUGUGCCCUCGGAGCUGAAGAGCUUGGUCGAACAAAACCCGGGCAAGAAGAAAUGGGCUCUCUUUGGUGGAUCCAAGGAGUCUGUCCCAGUGGUCGAGUACCUGAAGUCUCAGAGCUUGCUUCGGCAAGUGCAAUGCGAAAAAGCGGUGGAAGAGGUCUGGAAGGACGUCCGUGCCCUCUUUGGCCCCAGCGUGGUUUUCGUACUUGGUGGCCCUGGUGCUGGGAAAGGCACCUUGUGUGGAAAGAUUGUGGAGGCCUGUGGCUACCAACACCUCAGUGCAGGUGAUCUGCUUCGGGAGGAGCGGAGGCGGCCCGGCUCCAGACUAGGGGAGCUGAUUGAAGCCCACAUCAAGGAAGGCAAACUGGUGCCUGCCAGCAUCGUAGUGGAGCUGCUACUGAAGGCGAUGCGAGAGCAUGGCUGGGAGGGUGGCAAGUACCUCAUCGAUGGCUUUCCAAGGACCACAGCUGGCAUUCCAGGAGCACCAGCACGAUUGCACCCAAAUCAUUUGAGCAAAAUGCCCCUGGCCAGCAUGGAUGAGGUCGUCGAGACAGGGCUGCCAGGCUUGGAAGAGGUCGACACUGAGGUGAGGAAGAAGCGACAAGAAGUGCUCGAAGAGUUAUUACACCUUCGAGAGAGCUUGAAGGAAAAUCAGUCACAGAAUUUGGAAGCCCAGCAGGCGCUGAAAGUUGCACUGACCCAGAAUCUGAAAGAGCUUGAGGUGCAAGGUUCUUCUUUGAAGAUCCUGCAGGAGACGUCCAAAGAGCUACAAAGCCAACUCCAGGAACUGAGCCUUGCCCCGCAGAAGCAGAUCUUCGAGAGUUUGAAGGUCGAUAUGGAGCUUCUUCCAGAUUUGAGCCACCUGGUGGAGCAACAAGGUCGGCUUCUCAAUUCCAUCCGUACCCAGGACCUUGGAGACAGACUUGCAGAAAUGCAGCGCACAAUGGAAAGCCAGGGCAGAUUGCUGGAGGCGUUUCGUUCUCAGGAAGCUACGUACAAUAGCGAGAUCCAAAGAAGCUUGGAAGCCAACACGGUUGGUCUACAGUCCCUCCGUGCACAGGAGACUGGGCAACAUGUCGUUGAGUUGCAACGGCUGGUUGAGACGCAGACGAGAACGGUUGAAUCGCUCCGUUCUCAGUCACUUCAAGUGCAAGAGAUGCUUCAAAGUCAGGAUCCCGAGAAGCGCUUGAGUGAAUUGAAGAGGUCCAGCGACAGCAUGGUAGAGCUGUUUCAAGAGGUGAAGAUGCGCAUUUUCGAGAGCACGUCAAAGUUGCAGGAAGCCUCAAAUGAUUACAACUUGCGAAGCCUGCGAAUGUUGGAGGCAGCACAGGCUGGAAUCGGUAAGACUCUAAGUCAGCUACAGGACCAACAGGCCGCGGUGGGAAAAUUUCACAGUAGUCUGAGUGAAUAUCGCGCGGAUAUGGCAGCUUGGCAAUCAGAAGCAGCUGAAGAACUACAUCAGGCCAUGCAGACCCAAGCGCAAGAGUUCCAGGCAGUGAAGUCUCACGUAUCUUCCUCAGCAGAGCUCGUGCUCAGCGGCGUGAGAGAAGCCCUGGAGAUGCAGCAAGGAUCGCAUGCAAAGCAGCUUUGCAUGGUAAAGCAAUCCAUUGUUGAUCAACUGCAGAACUUCGAUUCUCAGUUCAAGCAGAUCUCGCAGUUGCAGAGCGGCCAGCUCGAAAUAGUAUCGCAGUUGGCCAUUUAUGGUAGCCAGCUAAGUGAGCAAGACACUCAGCUGAAAGAGCUUGCAAAGCCGGCAGCAUCGCAGAAGACCUUGGAGCAGUUCAUGAUGCAGAUGGAAGCUAAACAGCAGGAAGCACAUGCGGAACAUGUAAAAGAAAUGCAGAAGCUCCAAAAAUCCUUUGCUACGGAGAUGGAUUGCCAGGGCCUUCGUGUUGAGCUCGAUGCUUCAAAGAACCGCCAGCUCUCUAUAGAAGCUCAGCAAGUGAUCCGUGAGAGAUCUUGGGAAGAGGAGAGCAUUAGCAUGAGCAGAAACAUGUUCAGGGAAGCCUCCUUGGCACAGCAACUGCAGCAGGCCAUCGUUGACGUUGAGGUGCCCGUGGACUUUGAGGAGAUGAGCUUUCUGCCGCCACCACCUCCGCCGCGAGUUUGGCCGCGAAUUCUUCUAGCCUUAGUGCUCGUGGGGCUCUUGGCUCUUGUGGCCCACUUCGGGUGGCAUAGGAGCUUUGACAACCUCCAGGCAUGGGAAGAGACUGUCCAAGAUCAGGUCCUUGUGAGGUUCGUUCUCUUCUUGGAUGUGAAUGAGCAGGUGAUGGAGGCGCGGCUCCUGGAGCGGGGCAAGACGAGUGGACGUGCUGAUGACAACAUCGAGUCUAUUAGAAAGCGCUUCCUAACUUUCCACAAGGAGUCCAUACCAGUUGUGGAGCGCUUCCAGAAGGAAGGGCGCAUUAGAAGGAUUGAUGCAGAUCAGCAUCCGGAUGCAGUCUGGAGGGAUGUGCAGGUUCUUUUUGGUCCCUCCGUGGUCUUUGUCCUGGGCGGCCCUGGCGCGGGCAAGGGCACACAGUGUACCAAGAUAGCAGAAACGUUUGGCUACACGCAUCUGAGCGCUGGAGACCUCCUUCGAGAGGAGAGAAGCCGGGAAGGCUCAGAAUAUGGAGAACUCAUCAACCGCUACAUCAAGGAUGGCAAGCUUGUACCCGUUGAGAUUACCAUCAAGUUGCUGAAACAGGCUAUGAUGAAACAUGGAUGGGAAGGUGGUCGGUACUUGGUUGAUGGCUUUCCCAGGAGUUUUGACAAUCUUCGGGGCUGGGAGGAGGUCAUUGGCAACACAGUCAGAGUCAAGUUCGUUCUCUUUUUUGACUUGUCGGAAGAGACAAUGCAGGCUCGUCUGAUGGAGCGAGGCAAAACUAGCGGUCGAGCUGAUGACAAUCUGGAGUCCAUAAAGAAGCGCUUUGUGACAUUCCAGCAAGAGUCCAUGCCAGUGGUAGAAAAGUUCCAUUUGAAGGGCCUGGUGCGGCGGAUCAAUGCAGAGCAGUCUGCAGAGCAGGUGUGGAGAGAUGUUCAAAGGAAUUUUGGCCCUAGUGUGAUCUUCGUGCUGGGUGGUCCUGGUGCUGGAAAGGGCACACAGUGCACCAGGAUCGCUGCAAACUUCGGCUUUCAGCACCUUUCAGCAGGGGACCUACUCCGAGAGGAGCGCAAGAGGCCUGGCUCGGAGCUGGGUGAACUCAUCGAGAGCCACAUCAAGGAGGGGAAAUUGGUGCCUGUCUCCAUUGUGGUACAACUCCUCCAGAAAGCCAUGGAAGAACGUGGCUGGGAGGAUGGCAAGUACCUGAUCGAUGGCUUUCCCAGGAGCUUCGACAAUUUGCAAGGAUGGAAUGAGGCCCUGGGGCACAAGGUUGACGUCAAGUGCUGCCUCUUCUUUGACUGCUCUGAAGCUGUGAUGGAGGCUCGCCUUCUGGAACGCGGCAAAACCAGCGGCCGAGCAGAUGAUAAUCUGGAGUCCAUUAGAAAACGCUUCGCAACGUACACACAGGAGUCUCUACCAGUCGUGGAGAAGUUCAGCAGUGAAGGUCUCAUGCGAAGGAUUAGCGCGGAGCAAAACCUCGAUGACGUUUGGAGUUGUGUGCAAGUGAUGCACAAUGAGCGAGACGGGCUUUUGUUGAACCAGGUGUGCUGGUGUCCUUGUGCCGAAGUGACCAUUCCUCCUGUUGUGUGUUCAUUCUCAUCGGCAGACCUUUGA